AGGCAGCGAAUGCGCGAGCGCCGCAGAGGCGACCCAGCACUACGCGCCGGCCAGAAGGUGCGCAUCUACCGCAAGCACUGGGAGGACGAGCAGGAGCCGGCGUCGGGUAGCUCGAAGCCGGCCCAGGGCGCCGCAGAGGAGCCUCCAGCUCGCAACGAGCAGCAUGCCGACAUCGUCGAGCACGUCGUGCACGAGGAGGAGACAGACGCGCACCCGGACGCGCUGUCCGGCGGCAACGAGCAUGAUCACGCCGGGCACGACGACAAGGUCGUGACGGCCGAGGAGGGCAGCCACGACCACGUCGCGCACGAAGUCGAGCCGCCGACCGUGGCAGAGAUUACGCACUACGACCCGCCGUCGCCGGAUCGAUGAGGCGCAACGGCGCAGGGGCGUGCUCAUGCCUCUCGACCCAUGUAUGCGCUCGCAAGCACCUCACUAGCAAUGCAAAUACCCCUCACGAACCUGCCUG